CAAUAUUCACUCUGGUCUUAUGUCUUUCAAUGGCGGGAUCUUGGAGGGGAAAUUGCAGGAUAGAAGAGAAUCUUUUCGUUUACUUACCCUCCAUCCUAUGGCAUGAGAAUGCGUUGGGUCAUGGAGAAAUAUAAAAAACGGGACAUUUACAACUCCUCUUGGCACUUUUCUUUAUUCUUCUCGGAACCAAUAGCAUUAUUUUGAAUUGGCGACAGAUUUGCGAUUUGCCUGCGGAAUUUGCUCAUGCUUUUGUGGUUGUUGCGCUCCGCUUGCUUUCAGCCACAUCAUAACGGACAAAGGAUGCUUGCAGCAGAUGUUUAUGAUAUUCUCAACCUUGGAUGCCAGAUCCAGUUCUACAACUGCGAUAGGAACCCUUUGUUUGAGUGUGGUAAAGAAGGUAAAAUUGAACUGUCGAGAAGAUACAAAUCAAUCUUCUAAUCAUGACUAUUUGCUAUACAUCCAAUCAUCCUUGAAUCACACUUACCUAUAGUCACUGUCGAGUCUAUUUCCUUUUCGAGACUCAUCUGCAGAACAACAUGUCUGCAUGUCCCACCUGCGACCAUCCUCUCAUACUGCCUCCUGCAUUCGCAUACAUAGCUCUCAAAUUUCCUCGCAUCAGAGCCUCCCUCAAUUGUGAUCGCAAAUUACCUCGUUGCAAAGAUUGCGAUCAAGCGGCAGCAGAGAAACGAGCCGCUGAUGCAAUCCUUCCACCACCAUACUAUAUCAAUCCUGUUGCGCAAAUCAAAAAACAAAUCGACUUAACACAAGAAUUGAUCAAGGCAGGAGUGCGGCGAGAAGAAUUGGAGAUGAAGCUUCCUGCUCUGAUGAAAGAAGGUAUGUUGAGGUUACAGAAAAGGGAUGCAAAUAUACGGAGUGCAUGGCAUGAAUACUGGGAGAUUUGGGGAUGGGAACAAGGGCAACCUCGACCAUGAGGAAACGUGAGCAAGAGAUGAUGAGCAUGGCGAUUUUCUAUAUAUCUGUGAGAAGCCCGACAUUUACCGGCCUGUUCUUUAAUUAGUUUAGUUGGUGGCUUGGACCAUUACGAACCUACGAAGCCAACGUUUGUACAUCUACUGGAUUUCAUAGCCCAUGCACCCACAU